GUGGGCAUCAGAAACAGUUCAAACGCGAGAGUGGUUUAGUAAAGACAUGGGCCUCAACAAUCGGCGGAUAAUUUAGAAGAAAUCAACGAAUGAUCUUCAACGAUGUUAUUGCCUUCGGGGCGCUCAAACAGCGAUGUUCAUCCUAUACAAACCACACAAAAGCCGCAACUCUUAACAAGAAUAUCAUCACCACAAUUGACUAUCAAGGUCACAAAUAAAUUGGAAAGCGUUUACACAACAACCGCGGAAGGAGCAAAUAGUACUGAGCUAGCAACAUCAAAAGCAGUGAAAACUGAAACGGGCGCACUUUCCUUAUCGCCCGGUAGUCAAAGUGAGAAUGCGACCAAUUGCAGUGUACAUCCCGCCGACAUUCCCGGUUUCCCACCCUUGUUAGGCAGUACGGCUGUAGCGACGGCGGCAGCUGUGUCAGUUUUGGGCAGUGCCGGAAAUUGGGAAGAAAUCGAUCGACAUUUGAAAACACUGCAGGAAAAGCUAAAAAAUGACUGGACUGUGCACGUGGCCAAAGAGGGACGACUAUAUUAUUGCAAUCAUGUAACACAGACAUCCGGUUGGUUGCCAUCCUCUGAAGAUUGGAGCAUAAACGAGCAGCUCCCAUAUGGUUGGGAAAGAGCUGUAGACUCGAAAGGGCGAACAUACUAUAUUAAUCAUUUAAAUAAAACAUCAACCUAUGAGGCACCUGAAAGUAUUCGGUGGGGCGAAAAUCCACCAGAGCCAAGGAUGGUUAUUCUUCAGCGCAGUCCUACCCUAGGCUUCGGGUUUGUUGCUGGCAGUGAACGACCAGUGAUAGUGCGUUUCGUCACGGAUGGUGGACCUAGCAUGAACAAGCUUCAACCAGGAGACCACAUUCUCGUCGUAAACGGAGAGGACGUAAAAGAGGCUCCUCGUGAUCAUGUUAUUCAGCUAGUACGAGCGUGUGAAUCCCAAGUGACUUUAAUGGUGUGUCAACCGGCGCAUAAUUUAGCACCCGGCCGUAAAUCUACACUCCUCUCAGCGGGGAAGCGUGCGAAAUUACGGACGCGGCCAAGUCGAGUACGCUUUGCCGAGAGCGUCUGUGUUAAUGGAUCUCCAUUGUUUCCAGCAUCUGCAUUCUCUUUGGGCGACAUUUGUGUGCCGCCUAUGGCAAAUGUGCUCAAAGUAUUCCUGGAAAAUGGCCAAACAAAGUCAUUCAAGUAUGAUGCGACGACCUCUGUACAGGAUGUGGUAGGCUCCCUUCUGGACAAGCUGUGCCUCUCCACAGGCGAAAUAUUUAGCCUCGUACUGGAGCAUGUGAAAAGUUUGAAGCGGAAUAAACUCACACUACUCGAUCCUGAGGAAUCACUGGCCCGCAUCGCUGCGCGCCCCGGUGCCCAUAAGCUGCGAUGCCUAUUUCGGAUAACUUUUGUGCCAAUAUCUGCUGCGGGUUUGGCUCAGAAGGAUUUGAAUGCACUGGAUUAUUUGUACAUGCAGUGCUGUAAUGAUGUUACUCAAGAACGUUUUGCUCCAGAACUUCAGCCAGAAGUCGCAUUGAGACUAGCCGCAUUGCAUAUGCAUCAACACGCAUUGGCCAAUAACGUUUCACCAACAAAAUUGACUGUGAAGGUUGUCGAACGUGAAUUUGGCUUGGAAAGAUUUGUGCCCAUAUCUCUAUUCGAAGGAAUGAAACGAAAAGAGCUUAGACGCUUGAUAUCCCACUUUUUAAAAUUGAAUGCGGAGAUGACAGGCUCUUCAACCAAAGUUUUAACACAGCUCCAGGCAAAAUUACACUACUUAGACAUUAUUGCAAGCUUGCCAAGUUACGGCGCUAAAUGCUUUAGUACAAACCAAAGAGAAGGUGUCGAGCGUGUUCUGCUUCUUAGCCCACGAUUUGGCUUAAGCCAAAUAUCCAGCAUAAGAAAUUCGGUGCCUCAGCCCAUAUCCGCUAUUGAGGACUUUAGUCAUGUCGUUGUCAGCAGGGACGAUGACGUGACAUGCAAUGUAGCGAUUUUUAUGCAAGGAGAUAAGGUUGUAAGAUUUUCGAUGGAGGACCGCGAUGCAUGCGAAUUCUCACUAGUUUUGGCCGGGUAUCAUCGUUUGCUAACAGGAAAGAAGCUCCAAGUAGAACGAGAAAGGGAACAAUAUAACGAAGACAAUGCACCGUCGUAUUUAGCACAACACACUGUGCUCCCGGCAACUUGGAGUUAUUUAUUGCCAUUUCACAAUAGAGCACAUAGCAUAAAUUUCCUUAUGGCUCCUCCCUAUCAUCCAAUAAAGAAAAAUUUAACUUUCUCAGCAAUCGAAAAUCAGGAGUUGGGUGGACCCAUUGAUGCCAGCAACAACCAUUGCGAUCGCAAUAUGAACUCUUCAAACGUUGCCGAUAGUAACCAAAAACCAAAUAAUAUGCCAUUUGUUAGUAAUGCUGCAAUGGAUCUGGAUAUUCAUAGUGUUAUGGCGACGGAAUUACUAGAGGAAGCGAAGGACUCCGGUAUGAGCGACAGCAGUGGCGGUGGUAGCAAUUAUUGUGAGCGAUCGAACUGCUCGAACACAAAUGCUUUUAUUGAGGCUAAAAAUAAGGAGGUGCUAAGGCGCGUUCACGAAAUGCAAAAGAUGGUGGAAAGCUCUGAACAAUAUUUAAAUGAGCAGGGUGAGUUGGUUCCAGAGUACGCUGCUCGGCAUAAGUCCGCUGUUAAUUGCAACUUUUAUGGUAGCAUAAAUUCUUGGCAAAAUGAGUUGUUGAACCCGGAGCAAAACUCAAAUAAAACAGGAGCUGCUAUUGAGUUCGAUAGCGAUUGUGAUAGCAUUAACAGUAGUAAAGUGUCAUCAACAGAGGAUACCCCGCAGCCAGGAGCGCUUAAACAUAGCGAUUCCUUAGUACUUUUGGCAGAAGCGAUAAACCAAGACUUAAAUGGUAUUACCCAGAGUUUGAACUCUAUCGGUGGUAACCAUCAGGAUUUAACAAUAAACAUUUCAAGUAUCAGUGCAGCUUGUAGUCCACGUCCAGAGCGAAAAUUUAAUAAUUUCGGGCAAUUAUUAAGCAACCUGCAAGCAAAUACCGAUUUUUCCCAAAGCGAAAGUGAUUCUGAAUCGGUUAACUCUCCGACAAAUUCGCCCACAGCUCGUCGACCAAUAAAAUUGUGUUCUAGUGAAAGAAGAAACAGCCAUAAACAGAAUUUAGCAUAUCGUAGCAGUUUUGGCUUACACAGUCCCGACGGCAGCAAUUUCGGUCCGGAUACCAAAGACUAUAAUUUGAAAGAGUACUUGAAGCAACUGAAAGAGAUAAGCAAUGUUGGAGAUGAAAAUCACGAUACAGAUGUAGCUGCAAAACAACUCUCGGAAAUAUAUGGUUUUGAAAUACGUGGAGACACUUUUAUUGAAACUGAUGCCGACUUAAUAGAUUUACGCGCCAUACCACCUCCACGUACUCCUGAUGAAUUAGAUUCGAUUUCCUUACUAAAUGCAGCACCACAGGGAUUUGAUGAUGGAUCCAAAAGGAUAGCAAUGGCCGAUGUUGACGGCGAUCUGGAUAAAUUUUUAGCGAAGGUGGUUGUUGCGCCGCCGACUCAGAGGGCAACGCCAGCAAAAGAAUUAACACCAGAAGAGAUAAUGUCCUUUAUUAUUCCACCACCCCCUAGCCUAGAGGAAUUUGAAAACUCCAAGCAGAAUAAGAGUGUGCCACAAGAACCAAUUGAAAAUCUUUACAGCAAUUCUGUAUUAGAAAAAAGAGAAUUGUUUACAAAAUCUUCCAAACGAGUUGAUACAAACAGACCUCUGAAGCAGGGCAAAUUAAGAGAUAUUAAUAUGGGUGGAGGAGGACAUGUUAUCGAGUAUGCAACAGUUGAACGCAAAGGCAAGUUCUCAUGUUGUCCAAAAUCUGCAAAGGAAGGGAGUGCUGAAAAUGUACCAGAAUCUACGGAAAUUGGCCUGAAGUUACCACCACGUUCGAAAUCUGUAGAUAAACCACCCGUGCGACCACCUAAAAGUGCAGAGUUAAUUCAACGAUUUUCCCCAAAGAAACAGCAAAGCACAACUGAUUUCAUACAACAACCAGAACAAAACUUUUCGAGACCAGAAGCAGCAUCACUAGGGGAGAAACCACCCACACUACCGCCAAGAGUUUGUACUUCGAGUCGCGUUGAGGAAACUAGUUCCACUCCAUCGGUGAGUGAAGCCCCGCAAAAACCACCAUUGCCACCAAUAGCCAACCGUCCCACUCCAAGAAAUACGUCAGUUAAUAUAACCAAUUCCAUCAAUGGAAAUAUUUCACCAGUUCCGACACUUACACCAUUACGGGUUCUUCCUAGCUCAAACCCCUCCAGCAAAUUACAUGAGCAUUGCCCUAGUAUCCCAACAUCCAAUGGCCAUCAAAGAUCCAGCAGCGAUUAUCCCUCGGCCUAUCUUCAUAAUCCAGCAACUGAUAAACGUCCUCCACUCUCUUUGCUAUGUUCCCCACAAAUGGCACGAAAAAUGCAAAAUCCUGGACCUGUCGCCGUACCAUUGAAUCCUAACAUAUCACACAAAUUCAGUGAAAAAUAUAUUAUAAAAAACGGACACGUUAUUGACAGCGAGGCAUUAUUGGCCAAAACCGACAUAGCAAUGGCAGGACUAUUAGUGAGACUGGAUCAAGUAGCCGCACAGUGUUCAGCAGCGCAACUUGCUGGUGGUGGCACUAGUAUCGACGAGGACAAAUUCCAGCGGGCGCGAAAUGAACUGACCGAGCAAACGUUAGUGUUGGUGACUGCCUCAAAGUUUUUAGUGGUAGCCAUGUCAGACAUGACUUUAUCAACGUUGCCAGAACACCUUACAUCAUGCCUAACAGCGAUCCGACGUAUCACUGAACUCACACAAGACAUGACGCGCCACACCUCGUCACCUCUACAAACUCGAAACAUUGUGCUGAAAGUGCAUGAUGUGGCAUCCAGCUUCAGAGAAUUAGUAGGCGUGCAAAUUGGUCCGCUGGGCGCCGGACAACUUGCGCUACAGGCUGAGUGCUUGGCGAACGUAUUAGCCACAUUACUAAGGAGCUUACGGGUAUUCUCACCGUGAACUCGUACAUAAAUAAAUAAGCACACAUGAAUCCUCACAUCUAAAAUUGUUAAACUCCCAAUGGGAAAGAUGUAAUGUAUUACAUUUUUCAUUUAUGAAACCAUAUCCAUAUGAAAACUGUCAUAAGAAAACGACCAACCCAAAGCAGGCUUGCAUGAAAGUCACAAUGUAACGAAGGACAAUGCUUGCAUGACUUUUUCCCAAGCGAUGCACUUUGAAUUGGUGCCCUACACCUUAAAUUUUUAUAUUCAUAUAUGUAGGUAUGAGCCUACGUUUCAUACUUGAAAUCUCGAAUACAUCAGAAGAAAAGGAUAAUAUUCCGAAUAAUUUUGACUUCCUAGGCUACAACAAUUUAUUUAAUCUAUCUACUGAGCCCGUACAAUAACUACACACAUAUACUUAUAUACAUAUUUCCGAUAUAUCGAAGUCAUAAACGUUUUGAAAAUACAUUAGCUAUAAAAUAUGCACUUUAGAUCAA